AUGUCCCUCGCACCCAAGUUCGCUGGCCAGAAGCUCGCUUCAACCGCCAUCCAGCCCAAAGCCGUGCACACCAUCGAGAUCUACCUCGACUACGUCUGCCCCUUCAGCGCCAAGCUCUUCAAAACCGUCUACAGCGGCCCGCUGCGCAACACGCUGCUAGAGAAGUACUCGGACCGCGUCGUCACCAUCUUCCGCCAGCAGAUCCAGCCCUGGCACCCGUCGUCCACGCUCGUUCACGAAGCUGGGUUCGCUGUGCUCAAGGUCCAACCUGACAAGUUCUACGACUUCAGCGAGAAGCUGUUCGAGCAGCAGAAGGACUUCUUCGAUGUCAGCGUUGUGAACGAGACGAGAAACAACACGUACAAGAGGCUGGCGAAGAUAGCAGGUAGCGUGGGCGUGGAUGAGAAGCAGGUGUAUGCGUUGUUGGAGAUCAGUGAUAAGCCAAACGAGGACGGUGGGUUGAAUGCAGGCAAUGGGGUUACGGAUUAUGUGAAGCUGCAGACAAAGCAGAAUCGCUUACAGGGCGUGCAUGUUACGCCGACGGUCGUGUUCGACGGGGUGGUGAACAAUGACAUUAGCUCGAGUUGGACGGAGAAGCAGUGGGAGGAGUGGCUGGAGAAGAAUGUUGCGUGA